GGCGCUCUCCGGUCCUCCCUCGGCAGCGACGGCGGAUAACAUUAUGUCUUUUGAAGAUAAAGCAAUGGCUAGCCGUGUCGCUUCACCCUCACCGAAAUCUAUGGCUUCAGAAUCAGACCCAAGCAUGAUGUUGGCUAUCACUUCGAGUAUGGAGCAUUCUCAAGCAAAUAACCAUUCAAUUUCAGUCCUUGGUCCAGUCGCUAUCUUUUGGGAUAUUGAGAAUUGCCCUGUUCCGAGCGAUGUACGACCAGAAGAUGUUGCUGGAAAUGUCCGGAUGGCAUUAAGGAUGCAUCCUGUUGUUAAAGGUGCUGUGACAAUGCUCUCUGCGUAUGGUGAUUUCAAUGCCUUCCCAAGAAGACUCAGAGAGGGAUGUCAAAGAACUGGAGUCAAGCUUGUUGAUGUUCCAAAUGGACGGAAAGAUGCUGCUGAUAAGGCUAUACUGGUCGAUAUGUUCCUAUUUGCAUUGGACAAUCGUCCACCAUCAUCCAUUAUGCUUAUAUCCGGUGAUGUGGACUUUGCUCCUGCAUUGCAUAUACUUGGUCAGCGUGGAUACACUAUUGUCCUUGCCAUUCCAUCCUCAGUUACUGUAUCAUCGGCAUUGAGCAGUGCUGGGAGUUUCGUCUGGGACUGGCCGAGUCUUGCUCGUGGUGAGGGUAUAGUAGCUCCUAGAUCCUUAGGACGCCGCCUUGCUGAUCCUAUAGGAUAUCUCCAUGGUGUGAAUUUGGGGCCAUUCCCUGACACGCAGAAUGAAGAGGAGGCCAUUAUCUACACAGGAACUUCAAGGAAUGAAUGCGGUGGCAGAUCUACCAGCAACCAAAUGUACUGCUAUAACUCUUCUCAAACCACUAGAGAACCAUGCAAAGCUUUCUAUGCUGUUACUGACGGGAAUUGUGGCACAUCAUCAAGGUCAAAUAAUUUAGCAUCUAGUUUGAAUGGAAAUCCAGACAUAGAGCAAGGUUCGUCAGAUGAUCGAUCAUGGUGGGUACGUCCUGGUGAUCUUCAAGGCUUGAAGGGCCAAUUGAUACGCUUGUUUGAGUUAUCGGGUGGAUCUGUUCCACUUGUCCGUGUCCCAUCAGAAUAUCUAAAACUCUUUGGAAGGCACCUCUAUGUAUCAGAAUAUGGAGCUGUUAAACUUAUUCAUCUCUUUGAAAAGCUUGCUGACUCUUUUGUGGUAAUAGGGAAAGGUCAUAGAAAGGUGAUUUGCCUUCGCAAUUCUGGUGAAAGGAACCUGAAUAAAUAUCCAAGCACGCCAAUCAUUUUGAAAAAGGAAAAUAGAGGUGGUUCUGUUCUUGAUGAAAGCACUAUAGGAACAUGUCAGCAGUUGGGAAGCUCAUCAGAUGAUUUCUCUGAGGAUGAACAAAACAUUAACCCUGAUGUAGAUGGAGCGUAUGCCUUUGAUAGCCACCUAGACAAUUUCAGACAGGAGAUUCAGGAGCUUCUGGUUUGUUACUCUUGUCCUGUCCCACUGGGUAAUUUCGAGUCUCUCUAUGAACAGAGGUACAAGAAGACUCUUGUAUAUGAGAGCUUUGGUGUUGAUGGUCUGGAGGAGCUCGUUGAGAAGUUUAAAGAUGUCGUGGAAUUGUGUGAGGAUCAAACCAGCAAAAGGAAGUUCCUCAUAGCCAAUUAUCGCAGUUAAGCCUUUCUGUUGUCCAAAUGUCAGUCACUUGAGUAAUUUAGAUUUGAGCAAGCUCUUUCGAUGCCACUGAAUGUUUAGCACUUACCCUUAAAUGACAUCUGUUGAGAAGGAAAAAGAAGUCGUGGAAUGACACAAGGAUCAGGCCAUCAAAACAAAAGAGCUUUCUGUUGUCCGAAUGUCAGUAGUUCAGUAACUUCAGCAAUUUAGAUUCAAUUUCCUUACUAAGAAUGUGUUGAGCACAGGCCGGCAUUUGUUUUUUUAUAUCAUGUCGGUUGGACAAGUGCAGGGCACAGAAAAUGCAUGUAAUAAUUUACCAUUGUGCUAAUCUACAGUUCUACACAGAUAGAUGGUUCUUUCGUCUAUGCAGAAAGAUUGUUGUGAAACAAACCAAUGUUAACCAUUUUCCAGUUACCUGGGAAUUGAAUAGAGCUAAUUCUGCAUUCGGAUGUAGCAAGACAUAACCUUUGUGUCACGUUGCUAGUGUAUGCAUUAGGUGUUGUCUCCGCUCAUUGAUGGUAAAUUAUUAUCAUUAAUAUUCUUCUACAGACAAAUUCAUUAUGUACCCAUACUAUGUGCAUACUUGCCCUGACAUUUUCU